AUGAAGGAGCAGUUUCACACCCUGCGCCUGUCGGGGCCAUCGGGAUCCGACAGUGACGAAGAUGACAUGCAGAGCCCCCGCUGGUCUCUGGCGCCCUUUGGAUGGAAGCGGCGGCAGCAGCGGCGGCCGGGCCUGGGCGCCGCAACCGCCGCCGCCGCCGCCAAGGCGAGGCUGCCGCACUGCGUGUGCAGCGCGCUGCUGGCGGCAGCGGUGCUGGCGGUGCUGGCCUGGGCUGGCCUGCGCCUGGCCCACGGCAGGCAGUUGCACCUGGAGAUGUGGCAGGAGGAGGCCAAGGGGGCGGGCCUGCACGGCAGCGGCAGCGGCGGCAGCUCCCGGGGCGCCCAGUGCCAGCUGCCGCUCGACGGAUCGCCCUGGGAGCGCCAUUGCCAGCGCCUGGACAGGGUGUGCGUUGACCAGGGCACGCUCAUCCUGUAUGGCGAUCGCUACCAGCAGCUGGACGGCCGCAAGGCGGGGCGCCUGCCUGAGCUGCUAAUAGACACCAGCAAGAUUUUCGAGUACCCUUGGCGUAAGACCAGCAGCGAGGCGGCGGCAGAGGAGGGCGGCGCGCGGCGGCGGCUGCAGUACGAUGUGCUGCCGCCGGGCAAGAACCGGCGCCUGCCGCCGCUGCCCAUGCGCCCCGCCACCUCAGAGGAGCCCACGCCCUACCUCCAGACCCCCUGCUUCUCAACCUGCACCGUGCCCGUGCUGCUCUACUCCUCCUGGCCAGGCAACCUUUUUCACCAUCUUCAAAGGGGGGGGGCACUGGGGCAGACCAACAUGGCCGCGCAGGUGUAUUCGCUGCUGCGCCGCACGCCCUGGCGCCACCACUCCAAGCUUGUGAUGGUGACGCCCGACGGCCUGCCGCUGACGAUGCCAGAGGCGGCGCUGCUGCCGCCGCUCAGCCGCCUGUCGGUGCAGAGCAUGGCAGACUUCAGCCGGCGGCUGCCACCAGGCCUGCGGCUGGGGCAGCAGCUGGACGCCACGCAGCCACCUGCCAGCUACGAGGGCGGCGAGCAGCGCUGCUUCCAGACCGCCUUCUUCUGCGGCCGCAACUUCCCGGCGGCUGCCGGCCUGCCGGCUGCAGAGGAGGCGGGGUUGGGGGAGGAGGAGGUGCAGCAGCGGCUGGCAGCGGGGAUCCCUGUCGAGCCUUACAGCUAUGGCCAGGCACUAGCGGCAUACAUGCAGCAGAAACAGCAGCGGCGGAGGCAUGCGCCGCCGGAUGUCAUCAGCCUGCAACAAGCGGCGGCAGCGGCAGGCGGGGCCACCGAACGGGCCGCCACCAGCGGCCGGCUCAGGGUCGCGCUGAUGAGGCGUGGCGGCGAGGGGCGGCAGAUCCUGAAUGCCGGCGAGCUGCUGGAGCGGUGCAAUGCGUGGCGGUACCGUCCACCCGGCAGUACCAAGCCAGUGACCGCCGAAUGCCAUGAGAUUUCGGUGCCGGAUCUGGAGUCUGGGGUGGCGGCAGCGCGGGAGGCAGACGUGUUCAUCGGCAUCCACGGCGCCAACCUGGCCAACGGAUGGAUGAUGCGGCCCGGUGCCAGCGUGAUUGAGAUCACCCCUUACCAGUUCGAGUACGGCCGCGGCAGCUUUGUGUUCAGCGUCAUGAACUCAAAAGAUGCCACCUCCCAAGUGCUGUGGUGGGUGGCUGUGCUGUGCGACCCCGCCGCCUCCACCCCCGGCCCCAGCGAGCAGGCCCGCCAGCCGCCCGAGGACUGGUGGCCGCGCGACCGAAACGUGCGGCUGCCGUGGGCGGCGGUCGAGGAGGUGCUGCAGGAGGUGGUGGCAGUGGGGGGCAGCCAGCAGCGGUACAUGGAGCAGUACUUUGACACCUGGCGGCAUCGCUUCAACUUUGAUGCGGCGGGCGUCAUCAGCCGCGGCGGAAGCUGCCCCAACGGCACACGCCCGCAGCCCGGCCGCUGA